GUUGAAGAGGGGCUCCAACAGAUGGUCAGGACUGGCCUGAUUAAAUCACACUGCCUUUGCAUUAAAUUGGCAAAGAGAGAAUGGGUAAAACAGUGAAGGGAAAAGACAGAGGGAGAGUGAUGGAGUCCUAUUCUUUUUGUGAGUAAUAGAGAGAGGUAGUCAGGCUGUAAGUAAAUGUUAAUGUUCAUGUUAAUAUGCAUAAGAAAAACUGGUCCAGGCAAGAGACUCAGGGUGAGACAACUGAAAAGUGUAGUGGGAAAAACUGAAUUGUUGAUUGAGGGACUUCUCCCUUCCCUCCCACUCUGCCUCUACUAUUUAUCUGCUAUGCAACCACGAUUCCCUCCUUUCUCCUCUUGGUGUGUCUAUAUUUGUGGGCUGUGUGAGAGUCCCAGUCAUACAGGCAAGGGUCAAGAUGAAUUGGACUAAACUGAAUAGUUGACUAUCCAUGAAGUCACCAUAGUUCAAUACAUUGGCUGUUAUUCUUCCAGAAGAGCAGCUAGCUCCAGGAAAUGACUGAUAUGAGAUACACUAAGAAGAGAUAUACAUUACAGUACUGAACAAUGUGGUACUGGCUGGACAUUGCUAUGGCAGUGUGGAAAUCAGCCACCAUCCUUCUCUUCCUUGUGGGGUACUUCUUCCUCACUGAUGCCUCCAUGCACCUAUCUGGUCAGACCCUAAAGUCUCGUUUGCACAGGGAGCGACGCCACAUUCGGCCAAACAUCAUCCUCUUUCUCACUGAUGACCAAGACAUAGAGCUUGGGUCAAUGAUGGCCAUGAACAAAACAAUGCAUAUAAUGAUGCAGGGAGGUACUCAUUUCUCCAAUGCAUUUUCUACCACUCCCAUGUGUUGCCCAUCUCGAUCCUCUAUUCUGAGUGGAAAAUAUGUGCACAACCACCACACCUACACCAACAAUGAGAACUGUUCAUCACCUUCAUGGCAAGCCCACCAUGAACCUCAUACCUUUGCUGUUCACCUUAACAGUUCAGGCUACAGGACUGCCUUCUUUGGGAAGUAUUUGAAUGAGUACAAUGGCUCCUAUGUGCCACCUGGAUGGAAGGAGUGGGUAGCACUAGUGAAGAACUCUCGCUUCUAUAACUACACCUUGUGCAGAAAUGGAGUCCGGGAGAAGCAUAACAUGGAGUAUCACAUGGACUACUUCACUGACCUUAUUACAAAUGAUAGUAUCAGCUUCUUCCGGAUGUCUAAGAGACUGUACCCCAACCGGCCUGUGAUGAUGGUGCUUAGCCAUGUUGCUCCUCACAGCCCAGAAGAUGCGGCGCCACAGUACAGUACAGCCUUUCUGAAUGCCUCUCAACACAUCACUCCAAGCUACAAUUAUGCCCCCAACCCGGACAAGCACUGGAUAUUGCAAUACACUGGCCCUAUGAAACCUGUUCACAUGCAGUUCACCAACAUGCUGCACAGAAGACGACUACAGACCCUGCUCUCUGUUGAUGACAGUGUAGAAAAGGUGUACAAUAUGCUGGUGGAGAUGGGGGAAGUGGAAAACACCUACCUUAUCUACAUGUCUGACCAUGGUUACCACAUUGGCCAGUUUGGCCUCGUUAAGGGCAAGUCCAUGCCCUAUGAGUUUGAUAUUCGUGUUCCCUUUUAUAUACGAGGUCCAAAUGUGGAGGCAGGCUCCAUUAACUCCCAUAUAGUUCUCAAUAUUGACUUAGCACCCACCCUUCUUGAUAUGGCUGGAGUUGACAUUCCUGUGGACAUAGAUGGAAAAUCAAUUCUCAAGCUACUAGAAACUGACAAACCAAUCAACAGGUUUCUGUUUAACAAAAAGGGGAAAGUGUGGAGAGACUCUUUCCUGGUAGAGAGAGGUAAGCCUUUCCAUAAGUUACCCAAUGGAAAAGAGGAUACCUGGGAGAAUUCACUGCCUAAAUACCAGCGUGUUAGAGAGCUCUGCCAGAAAACAGAUUAUCAGACCGCUUGUGAGCAGCCUGGACAGAAAUGGCAGUGUGUUGUGAACUCCUUGGGUAUGCUGACACUUCAUAAGUGUAAGAGAACCUUGGAUCGCUAUGUCCCACAUGAUCAGGGCAUGAUGGCUAGUAAUGCUCAUCUGUACAGGCCUGGAUCCCCUCCACAGUACUGUAACUGUGAGCCUGAUGUGCCUUUCAAGAGGAGGAAAGCGCUCUUUAAGAGAAAAAUGAAGUCAAAGAAGACUUUGUCUCAGAAUCGUUGGGCCCGUUCGCUCCCACCUCAUCUGGACAGUACAAUGUACACUCUGGAUCCGGAGCAGGGUUACCAGCACAUUGUACCAAAUAACAUCCGUCCCAGACUGGGCAGGAAAAAGGCAGUUUAUGAGGGUUAUGAAGAGUACAGUGGAAUGGAACCUAUAACCAAAAACCUCACACCACACACAGCCCUGAAAGUCACUCACAGGUGUUCAAUAUUGAUAAAUGACACAGUGAUAUGUGAUGGUGGAAUGUACAAAUCACUCCAGGCAUGGAAAGACCAUAAACUACACAUUGAACAUGAGAUUGAGACGCUACACUCCAAAAUAAAAAACCUUAGAGAGGUCAAAAGUCAUCUGAAAAAAGCUCGACCAAAGGAGUGUGAAUGCCACCACAAUGUUUAUCAGUACAAGAACAGAGCACUCUUCAGAGUCAGAUCAGGUCAGAUGCAUUCUCUAAGACUGGCAUCUAAAGGUAAGAGUCAGUGGCUGCUGAAGGAGCAGAAGAGCAGGAAGAAGUUGCGGAAGCUGCUGAAGAGCCUUCAUUCCAAUAACACAUGCAGUAUGCCUGGCCUCACCUGUUUCACCCACAAUAACCAGCAUUGGCAGACUGCCCCCUACUGGACAAUGGGACCAUUCUGUGCGUGUACCAGUGCCAACAAUAACACUUACUGGUGUUUGAGGACCAUCAAUGAGACUCACAACUUUCUGUUUUGUGAGUUUGCCACAGGAUUCCUUGAAUAUUUUGACCUCAACACGGAUCCUUAUCAGCUGAUUAAUGCAGUUAGUACACUGGAUCGCGAUUCUCUCAACCACAUGCACCUACAGCUAAUGAAACUGCAUAGCUGCAAAGGUCACAAGCAGUGCAACCCUGAAACAGGGGCCAAAAAACGAAACUUCCCUAUUAAUUACAGGCCCCAUUAUCGUCAAAAGAGGCCAAAAAUGAAGAAACCCUCUUCCAAAUCAAUGGAACAGAUCUGGAAAGGAUGGUUGGGGUAAAUACAUCAUGCCUACAGACCAUGAAGUGAAGUAUGAUGAAUGUGAAACGUGAGAAUCCAGUACAGAUAGUAUUUUAUUUAUUUUUUGUUUUUGAAACCUCAAAAGUAUUUGUCUCAGUCCAUAUAGUAAGUCAAUGUGCCUAUGUCCCUAAUGGAAUUUUAAUUAACUAAAAUCAACAAUGAGGUAAAUCAACAAAUGUUUGCUGUAAAUUGUAACAUUUAUGGACUUUGAUUGAAAUAUGCCCUGAAUUAGGUCACAUGUAGUCAUGUGCCAUAUUUAGCAUGGCCCAGUUGUUUAAUAUGAUGAAUACUAUUUUUGUCAAAUAUGUCAUGUCAUAGCACUAUUACUCUGCAUCUCCUCAAGAAUGAAUACUGUACUUACAAUCCAUGGAACUCUUAAGCUCACAUCACAGUGAUGUUAUCCCAUAUUACCUGCCAUAUGAUUUAUGAUUCUGUUUAUUGUUUUGUGAAACACAGUGCUGUUGUAUAAUAAGUCAGACUGAAUGAUUGCUUAUUAACACAUCCUUGGAUGAGUUUGUUUAAAAUUGUUUAAAAAUAUAUAGAAACAUAUAGUCUCUAACAAAGGUUUAAGUCCAUUUGAAUAGCACAAAAUUUUAACUAAACUGUUCAAUGGUAUUAGUAUGAAAAAGACUAAUGGUAUGGUUCUAUUCAGUGAGCAUAAAUUGUUUGCUGCCAUUUUAUAUUAACCUUUUACAUUUGAGUAUGAGUAUUUGGUAGUUUGUGAAUAAAAUGUGCAAGCUACUCCUUUUUUUUUACUUUGUAAAAUGCAGGAAACAAGUGAUUAAAUUGACCAGCAGAUGA